UUUCUUUUUGGCACCUUCCCUCCCCUCCCAGAGCCCUUUUCCUCCGAAACCAAAAACCCCCUGAAACCACCAGAGAUAGAUCAAGCAGAUCAAAAUCUGCUAAUCAAGUCAGAAAUUAUUACUCAAGGUAACAUUUAGAUUAGCAUUUGGAAUCAUGGUGUUGAAGAAAACCCCGAAGAAGAAACCCAAAAGAGGUGGUAAUGAUGAUGAUGAUGAGGAUAAGAUAAGUAAAUUACCUGAUGCUCUAAUUCAUCACAUUUACUCAUUUCUCCCAACCAAAUCUGUUCUUUCUACAUGCAUUUUAUCUAAAAGAUGGAAUCCAUUUGUCAAACUCUGCUCCCAUUCUUGAUUUUCUCGAAUGGUUUACCAAUUAUGGGGAAAACUAUGCCUUAGCAGCACAAAAAUUCAUGAAUUUUCUGGACACAGUGUUAUUUGUUCAUGAGAAGCCGAAAAUACACAAAUUCAUGCUCACUGUUACUGAAUGUUUUGACGAAAACCCCUUUAUAUUUCAAAACUGUUAUGAAGCGUCAAGUUGAAGAGCUUGUUCUAUCCAUAACAUCUGAAAACCCCUUUAUAUUUCCUCUAUCAUUUUUCACAUGUGAUUCGUUGGUGGUGUUGGACUUGAAAUACGAUGACAUUCUCAAUCUCCCGAACACGAUUUCUUUUCCGAGGAUCAAGAUACUUCGGCUCACAAAUACAUAUUUUGUGAAUGAAAACUUGAAGAGUUAAGCUUGUUUCGCUGUGACUUUGAAAACUUUAAAGUUUUAUGUAUUAUGUCUACUACACUUGAGCGCUUGUCCUGUCCAACUGUCCUGUCCUUGAAGAGUUAAGCUUGUUUCGCUGUGACUUUGAAAACUUUAAAGUUUUAUGUAUUAUGUCUACUACACUUGAGCGCUUGUCCAUUAUAAACUGUCGUCUGCUUCAUCAGACAUUGAAGGUUUUCGCUCCAAAUCUGCUGACCAUUAAGUAUGCAGCAGAGAUACCGGCAGACUUUGUUCUCGAUAGCUUCCGGUCACUAGUUGAGGCGAAUAUUGAAAUUUUUAGCGACCGGGAUCGGGCUAGAAUAUAUGCUCCUUUGAUCAAGCUUUAUCAAAAACUUUCUAAUGUGAAGAUCCUUAAAAUGUCUGCUUCCUCCUUUCGGGGUCUCGCUGCAGCAAAUGUCCUCUUAGCCGAUUUGUCUACAUUUUCUAAUUUGGUUCGCUUGGAAGUUAGUUCAGAAUUUUGGGCCAGUUGGGAUCCGCAUGCGAGUUUUGUUUCGUCUAUGAAGAUAUUUCUGUGGUUUCUCCAACUCUCUCCUAAUCUAGAGUCGAUUGACUUCACUGAGGAUGUCCACAGCGACGACCUACAAGAUUAUGAUUGGACAGUAAAUUCAUUGCCCCGGUAUUCUCUGUCAAAUCUCAAGGAAUUUGUAAUACGAAAAUUUAUGGGGCGCAAAGUGGUGUUGGACGUGGUAAAAUUCUUCUUGGCCAAUGCUGGAGUUCUUCACACAGUGUCUAUCAUGAUUUCUGAAUCUUUAUCGAAAGAUAUAAGAAGCAAACGCAGAUUGCAUCUGAAUUACUUAAGUUUCCAAGAUAUUCCUCAAGGUGUGCGCUUGAGUUCUUCACCGCGGAGUAGUAUCAAUUUACAACCUUUAGGGUGAGGAGCAUUAGAACCAGGUGGAGCAUAGUAACCAUCAGGAGGAGUACCAUGAGUGUUUGAAGGAGGUGGAGGUGAUUGACUAGGAGAAGGUGGUGAACUGCCAAUAGGAGGAGUAUUGUUGUCGUCUUCUGAGCCUGACGAGUCUGUAGAGUUAACAACAAUCUUGACCUUCAGUCCUGAGAUGCAAUGACCUAUAGUUCCGCAAAUGAAGUACCUUACUCCAAGAGUGUCAAGGGUUACAGUGGUGUUUGUUCCAUCAGUUAUACUGAUGGGAUUUUCCAAGUUACACACGUCGUAAGAAUACUCUGUCACUUCAAGCACAUUGUGAACUGGCUUAUAAACAAACACUGCAUGUAAACAGCCAAAGAAUUUGAGAUUCAGAAACAUAUUUCAAAUAUAUGAUCUUGUAAAAAAUCAAAUUAGUGCAAUUGAGUGAUUAAGAGAAA